GGACCGAGCAACGGGAGCUCACCCUGUCGCGGGGAUUCGAACCACCGACCUUCUGAUCAGCAAGUCCUAGGCUCUGUGGUUUAACCGACAGCGCCACCCACAUCCCAUCUGGGACUCAGCUAUACAGCUGCAAAUAAAACGUUUUCAGUGUGUUUUAAGUGCAAUAUACAAUGUGACACUAGAUGGUGAUGGUGAGCCUUAUGGAAAAUUCAAUGCAUUUUUUUAAAAAAGCAUUUUCAGCAUGGCUUUUAUAUGUGUGUAGAUUCCACCCUAGUGUUAGUCUCCCUGCCUUCCGCCCAAUGGGCCUCCACUAGUUGUAAACCAGGAUAACUCUCCAGCAACUUAUGAGGUAGUGCUGCUGAACAGUUGAAGCCAGCACAGAGGCAGCCUUCCUCAGCUUGGUUGUCCAGUGGAAAACCCACAGAGCUCAGGUCCUAGAGCAGCAUCCCAGAGAGCCCAAUGAUCUGGAACAACCCCAGAGCAGGUUUGGCCUCUGCACCAAGUGCCAGGCAUGUGUCUGCAGGAAUGCCUCCUUUCCUCACUUUUUCUUCUUCCACAGGAAUGGUGUUUUGUGGUGGCAAGGUAUGGCAGGCUUGGCUGAUCAGGGGAUGCAGAAGAGGGUGACUAGUAUUCUUCAUGUAGUCCAAUAUUGUCUUCUUUGAUCAGCAGCAGCAACCCCCCAGGGUCAGGUCUUUUCCAUCACCUGCCUGCCAACUCCUCCUCCUUAUGGGAGAUGCUUCCAGUGAUUAAAUCUGGGACCAUCUUGUUCUGCCUCUAAGCCCUGCUCGCUCUCCCAUGGCCUGGCAGGGCAGCAGGAGCUGAGGUCAGUGCAACAACUCAAAAUUCAGAAGUGAACAAUACCUCCUGGUUGCCUUGUGUGAUAUUCCUGCUAUUCUUUUCAAGGGAAGGCUCAGAGAAGUGAAGAUAUGUCUGUGGGCCGAGUUGGGAGGAGCUCUCCAGCUGCUGGCAGAUGUUCCUUUAUGCCUCUGCCUCCAAGCCGUGUUUAUUGGACGUGCAGUAACUCUUUGCACAAUGGAGGAGGCAUCUUUUGCUUCCCUGGAUGCAGGCAAUAUUUCACAACGUGUGACUUGGGUUUCUCAGAUGAUAGUGGUUUUCAAAAGAACCAAAAAAGAGCCACAAUAGGCCAUUUUCUCUUUCCUCGGCCCCCCACUCUUCUGUGUCAUCUCCGUUCCCAGGCAGGUUCUUCGACAUAUCAUUUAUGAAAACUAAGGAAAUAAAUAAAUAAGCCAACCCUUCAUUGUUUUAACCCUACAGAUCCACAAUGUGGAUCUGAACUACCUAAAAUACCUUUAAAACACUUUAAAACAUUCAUAACAAUUCUAAAAAACAACUUAUGGUCAUCUCACCGCCCCCUCACAGGCCAAGUGUGAUGUAUGGGCAGAAUUAAUUACCUGUCAACAAUCACCUGGCAUCAUAAUAACCAUGGAGACAUUUGUUUUGGCUUUAGGGGUCUUCAGAAGCCCUGUUCAAAGCACUUUGACCUGCACUUUGAACAGAGUUUUUGAAGAUCCAACAAUCAGCUGAUUUUGGGGGGGGGGGUUGUGUGUGGCAUUGCCAGAACGGCCCUAUGGACCAUAUAGGGAGUCCUGGGUCCAGAGGCUCCCCACCCCUGACUUAUAAUCCUCCAUCUCCUCAGUCAUUCAAUUUGGAUUUCUCAUGUGUCACACCUGGAUCUUAAUACUGAAUGGCAGAUCUCUAUGGAGUGCUUUGCUGGCUCAUAAUCUUGCCUUCCUGGAAAUGAGAGAGGGAUCCUGCACAUGUAGGAAGAAGUGUGCUCUCCACACAUUCAGUAACAUUGAUUGGGCUUCUAUUGACUUCAUACCUCUAUGCAAAGCUUUUUCUUACAUUUAUAUCCAAGUUUUGUUACUUCAUGGAACCUAGCAUCCCAUCCAGGCACUGAGCAGAGCUAAACACACUUAAGUUCAGCAAGGCAGUGGUCUCUUCCUCUGGGACCUAGUAGCACCAUCUCUUCCAAUAGCAAAUUUGCGUAGUGAGUACUGACAGGGAUUGUAGCCAAAAUCGGGCCACUGAGAAACAAGAGGGAGCUGUCAACAUGCUUUGGGGGAUCCUGGGUUUGGCAGAAAUACAAAAAAUUAAAAACCUAGGAAGCAACACUUUUCCCACACCUCCAGAAAGUUGCCCAGAGAAGCCCAAGCAUGCUCAGUAGCCAUGGAAUGUUGGCUAGCAAAGUAAAAUGGGGAGAUCCUUCUUGCCAGACCUCAGAAAUGAGAUUUUAAGAGGGGAUCUGAUAUAUGACUAGUGUUGUUGCACAUCGCCCCAAUCUCUGAGCUGUGUGAAAUUCCAGGGGUCCCAGGCGCUUACCCAAGGUUUAGUUUCCUCAGAAUUAGGGACAGUGAAACCUGCGGUGUCUUUAUGAUAUUUGGUUUAUUUAGAAUUGCCUUUUAAUAUAUAUAUAUUACAUAUUUUAUUGAUUGUUUAAAAAGAAAAACACAAACAUAACAAAAAGAAAGAAAAACAAAGAAUCAGAAACUGUAAACCAUAGAGUGUCAUUGCACUCUAUGCACUCGUUGAACUCUAAAGCACAGUUGCUUUUUCAAAAGCUGCAAAAAUAGCUUAGCCAGCCCCCUGGAACUACCAUCAAUGCUUUUUACCUUUUUCCAUGUUUCCUCCUCAAACAAUUCUUGCUGAGAGUGACAGAACAUAAUCAGCUCCUGUCAUUCCCAAGGGGACUUGCUCCAUUGUAAUUCCAAGUGUAAUUCCUAGCUGCUUUAGGCUGCGGGCACCUCUAAGAGGUGGGCUCUGGAUCCAUUUCAGAGUCAUGUUGUGCCCAGACUGAAUCAGGCAAAUCUGAGUUUGACAGAUUCUCCCCACCCUCAUCUCUAGUUAAGCAACAAUGUACACAUGCAAUAUUAAAACCAGUUAAUCUGUUCCCUAAUAUCAGAAACAUCCCAUUACAUUCCUCUUGAGAGGUGAUAUAGCCAUUACAGAUCAGGGAGAGAGAAAAAGCCUUUAUUUUCUGUUUGACAAAGUUCUCCCGGUGCAGGUGCUGCUUAUAGAUGUGUUCUUUGCUCUGCCAGUUUGCUGCAUUUCCUCAACUUCCUCAACUGAACUUCUCCUUAACUCUGCAGUCCUUUCACGGAUAUCUUGGUCAUCUCCAUCCCCUUCCUUCCCCCUUUCACAGCCUUUGCUUGUCUGUGGUUUGCAUUCUGGGAAUGGACCUCAGAUCACAUCUCUCUGCAAGGUCCUGGAGCUGGUGAAGUUAUGGCCCGAGGGGAGUGGCUUGUCCAAAAUUUGCUGCUGCUAAAUCGCAUCCGAGGCCUCCGCCUUCACUUGCUUACAAGCUAGCAGAGGAAACAAGCCACGUUCAUUUUCCAGUGGUCUGAACAUCUGAAAGCAGCAGCACACUCCACAGAGUGCGGUGAGGCUGACAUGGGAGAAGAACGCCACGCAAAAGAAACAAAUUAAAAUCAUCGUGGUGGGACCUAACUCUCCUUGAGGACUCUGUUGGACGUAAGUGCUUUAUCAUGGCCAAAUCAGGCCAUCAUAUUCUCCGGGUGUCUUUCUACACCCCAGGCACUGCACUUUCUUUCUUUUUUAAGCAAGUCUCCUGCCCCCUUAGAAAGAAAGUUAUGAAACAAAAUGUGCAGGUACCCUUUUAAGUCAUUUCUGUGAAAUGAACAGGCCUGCCUACUCCCACCUCUGUUUGUAGCAAGCAAGUGAAGUCAGAGCUGUGAUUGAUAAAUUAGUUGUUUGGUUCUGCUGUUUCGCCAUCCCCUUUAAUGCACUUUUCCUGCUUCUGUCUUAUUUUCUAUGCAAAAUUAUCGUGUGAAAAUACAAUCAUGGGAAAAACUUCACCAUGACUGUAUUCUCUCUGAUUUUGCAUUAUGUCAUCCUCCCAUGGCAGUCAUUUUGUGACUGGUGUGCCCCCCUCCGAACUCUCUCAACAUUUAAGAAGUGCCCCCUGGUCCAAAAUAGUUGGCAACCCCUGCUGUACUAAUACUGGUCCCUAGUAAAUCCAUUUUCCUAUUUUUGCUUUGGGGGAAUAUGUUCAGGUUCUCUUUUAGAAGUUGUGUUUGAGUGUCCCGGCAUAUACCAGAAUAUUUCAGGUUUCAGCCUUGUUCCCAGUCUGGAGUUAACCUCCUGAGGUUGAGUGUGUGCGCAUGCAUCUUUGAUUCACAGAGUUGAAAGGGAUUCCAAAUGUUAUAGGUGGCUAUCCAGCUUCUCCUUUAAAAAUCCCUAACAUCUGGAGGCAGUAUUUCCCACUCUUGAACAUCUUAUACCACCAGGAAAUUCUUCCUAAUGUUUAGCCCAAAUACUCUUUCUUGUAAUUUGUUCCAUAGAAUCAUAGAAUUGUAGAGUUGGGAUGGAUCCUCAGGGUCAUCUAGUCUAACCCCUGUGAUGCAGCAAUCCAUCUUAAGCAUCCCUGACAGAUGGCCAUCCAAUCUCUACUUAGAAACCUCCAAUGAAAGAGAGCCUACCACCUUCUGAGGUAAUCCAUUCCACUGGUGAAUGGCUCUUACUAUCGGAAAACUCUUCCUGGUGUUUAGUCAGAAUCUCCUUUCUUGUCAUUUGAAUCCAUGGUUCAGACCCUCCCCUCUGGAGAAAAGAAGUUUGCUCCAUCUUCCAUGUGACAUCCCUUCAGAUAGUUGAAAAUGGCAAUCAUAUCACCUCUCAAUCUCUUCUUUUCUAGUUGGUUCUGGUCUUAUUAUUCUUUGGAGCAACAAAUUUGCUUCAUCAUGUUGGCAAGACCCCUUCAGAUGUGUGAAGAUGGCUCUCAUUUUGCCUCUAAAUUGCCUCUUCACCAGGCUAAGCAUAACCAACUCCUCCAACCUUUCCACAUAGGCCUCCACAAUUCUACUUUCUUUGCAUCCCAGGUUUUUGGAGGUCUGGACCACUUCUGGCUUUUGAGGCCCCUAGCCAUAAUAAAUGCAGCCACAGAAAACUGAAGGCACAUUAAGGUGAAAUAAGGCACACACACACAAAAAGAAAUAAAGGAAAAACUCCCAGCCAUUUGUGGUGUUUGGGGACCUGCGCUACUUUUCCAGCAAUACAGAGAUGGGCACAAGAUUUUGCCUUUUUCUCUUUGCAUGUGCAGCUUUUAUGGACCAGAUACCAGGGGCAGCACCCAGCGGGAAAGCAACCAGGCUACCCUUGGAUCUUGGCGCGAAGAGUGAUGUGGAGAAAGCCAUGAGAAUAUUUGAGAGGCACCUGAAAGAAGGAUGUGUCUCUGAAAGGAAGGAGCUGACGAGAGCCAAAGAAAAUUUGGAGAAGACCCUGCUGCAAACCAGUCUCCUGACAGAGAAUCUCACUGUUGUGCAUGACAAUAUUCAAACAUUAAUAUUCAGGAUAAAUCUUAGCGAUUUCAGAGGACUGAAUGUCAGCAGCGACAGCUUAAUGCGCAAUACCUCAGUGAAGAACCAAACCCGACAUGCCAUGCAUUUCCCUGCUGAGCUAGCGAAGAGAGCCCAGGGCACAGCUGCAAAGGAGAUGCGGCUCACCUGCAUUUACCUGAAAACAUCUUGCUUCUUCCAGGACAGAAAGAACCACACCUUGCUGAAUGAUGACAUCUUAGGGGCCACCUUUGGGAAUAUCAGCAUUACUCAACUCAUUCAACCGGUGGAGAUCAGGUUUUGGCACAACCAUACGCUGGCCAAUGCCAGUGUGGCCUGUGUUUUUUGGCUGGAAGGAACAGAAGAGGGCAGCAUGGGGAGCUGGAGCCAGGAAGGCUGCACAACUAACAUCAGCUGGGAGGGCAUGGUUCUGUGCCAGUGCAACCACCUCACCUACUUUGCUGUCCUUGUGCAAAUCUCCCCAACCACUCUGGAUGAAUCUCUGCUGGCUCCUCUGACCUAUAUCACCAACAUAGGCUGCAGUAUCUCUGCUUUUGCAUGCCUGCUCACUAUCAUUUUCUACAUUUUAUCCCGGAAAAUCCAGCAUGAUUCCACAACAAAGAUCCACAUGAACCUUCUGGGAGCCCUCUUCCUUCUCAAUGUGUCCUUCCUGGGCAGCAGCUUCCCAGCAUCAGCCAGCCUUUCGUGGCCGUGCACAGCCACAGCCGCUUUCCUCCAUUACUCUCUGCUCUGCUGCCUGACCUGGAUGGCCAUCGAAGGCUUCCACCUCUACCUGCUCGUGAUCCGAGUCUACAACUCAUACAUCAUGCGCUACCUCCUUAAACUGUGUUCAGUUGGCUGGGGGUUCCCUGGCUUAGCAGUGGUGAUCAUCUUCCUGAGCAACAGCCAAAUUUAUGGCCGUUAUGGUAUCAAAACCAGCUCUGCUCACCGCAACAGUACCAUGUGCUGGAUCACUUCCCCCACAGUGCAUUACUUCAACCUGAUUUACUGCAGCGGCACCAUAGUCUUCAAUAUAGCUGUCUUGACCUUGGUGGUUUGGAGGCUCAGGCAGCUCCGAGCCAGUCCUCGGCAGCGGAAAGAGCAUUCCUAUAAGGACAUGGUGACGGUUCUUGGGCUGUCUUGCCUCCUGGGUGCCACCUGGGCGUCAGUUUUCAUCUCCUUCGGGGUGCUCUCGGUCCCGCAGAUCUUCCUGUUCACUGUCCUCAACUCACUUCAAGGGCUUUUCAUCUGCCUCUGGUACUGCACCUUGAGGUCCCAUUCGCAGGACAACAUCUCAACGGGCUCUCGUUUAUCUCGUUCAUCUCAGUGACUGCAGCAUUGCAUGACUGGCGAAGCCUUGGAACAAAAGGAUGCCCAAAUUCUGGAAAUUUAGUGGGUGUUGCCUUCCAAAAGGGAAUCUUCAUAGGAGGAGGAAGGAAGGCAAGUAUAUGCAUGUGGUCUAAAUCAGGGAUUGGGAAUCUGUUGCCCUCUAGAUGUUGUUGGACUCCAACUCCCAUGAGCCUCAGCCAGCAUGGCCAAUGUCAAGGAUGAUGGAACUUGUAGCCCAGAAAC